CAUAACUUGCCUUCAAUAUUUAGAGAAUACAAAACGAUGCGUCUCUCAGCUGCUAUUAUAUCAGUUCGUUAGCGUAAUCAUUAUCACUUUAAUUGUGUACAUUCGAUUUCGGGAGUUAUGACCAUUUACAAUGAUAGGGAUAAUGUAGAUAAAAGCGUACCCCGAACGGGCUUUUGUUUCUGUUAUCUGUAAUACUCCGUCUGCCUCAUGAUGGUGAUGAUUAUGAUGUCCGAAAGCCAAUCAAUCAAAUAUCUCGGAUGAAGUAGCUAUUUGUGUUAUGCUCUGGGGAUAUUUCACCUAAGGCAUUGACUCAUUUGAAAUUUUGAGUUAAUAGUGAUUGGACGUUGGCCUAGGAAUUGCUGAAAACCAAGGAAUCGAAGUACUUAGGAAGAUUUUACCUUCGCUGUAAUCAUGGGUGUUUGGGAAAAUGUUAGAGACUUUGGGAAAUACUCCAAUCAAUAUUUGGCGACGUUCACAGUUACACUACUCACAUUUGCUGUGGUUGCUUCGUACGGUUGGACGUCACCAACACUUCCGAUAUUACAAGCUGACGAUUCGCCUCUACCGAUAACUGCAGAUGAGGGUUCAUGGAUUGUGUCGAUCCUUGUACUGGCCUCCAUUGCCGGUCCUAUUCCAACGGCAUGGUCGAUCGAUAGAUUCGGUCGCAAGUACACUAUGCUCUUUGCUGCUAUCCCUACAAUUAUCGGAUGGAUCUUGAUCGGUGUAGCCGAUUCCGUAACCGUACUUUACGUAUCCCGAUUGCUGAGCGGACUCUCAUAUGGUAUGUCAUACUCAUCAAUGCCCAUCUAUCUUGGUGAAAUAGCAUCGGACUCAAUCAGAGGUUCCAUUGGCACGCUACUAACUGUAAUGGCUAAAGCUGGCAUCCUCGUAGAAUACAGCGUCGGACCGUUCGUUGGGUUUAGGACACUCGCUUGGAUUUCACUGGCAUUUCCGGUGGCAUUCUUCUUACUGUUUAUGUGGAUGCCUGAAUCGCCGUACUACCUUCUGGCUAAAAACAAAGAUGAAUCAGCUAAGAAAAACCUUAGCUGGCUUCGCAAGCGCGAUCAAGUUGAUGACGAGUUGGCUAUGAUGAAAGCAGCUGUUGAACGAUCAAAACAGAACAAAGGAACGUUCCGCGAACUCUUUACACGAGGAAACGCCCGAUCGCUGAUUAUUGUACUCGGGUUGGGAGCUCUGCAGCAACUCUGUGGAAGUCAAGCGAUUAUUGCUUAUUCACAACAGAUAUUCGCAGAAGUCCAAAGUGGCCUAGAAGCUCACGAAUCUUCGAUUAUUAUGGCAGUAAUUCAGUUGCUAACUGCAGCUUGUUCUUCGUCCAUCGUCGAUCGUGUUGGUAGAAGACCGCUUUUACUUAUUUCAACAGCUGGUUGUGCUGUAGGGACAUUCAUCGUUGGGCUAUAUUUCUUCUUACAGCAACAAGGUGUCGAAGUUCAAAGCGUUAGCUGGAUCCCAUUAGUAGUUAUGAUGUUAUACAUUAUUUCCUACACUCUCGGAUUAGCCACUGUCCCGUUUGCCAUCCUGGGCGAGCUGUUUCCAUCUAACGUAAAAGCAGUAGCAGCGGCCCUUUUCACAAUGUUUGCAUCAUCAGUUGGAUUUGGAGUAUCCAAGCUCUAUCAAGUGAUUUCCGACGACCUUGGAACGUAUGUAUCGUUCUGGAUCUUUACAGUAUGUUCGUCGUUGUUUGUCAUAUUUGUUUUCAUGCUGGUGCCUGAAACCAAAGGAAAGCCGUUGGAUGUGAUUCUGGAGGAAAUGCGCAACAGUCAAAGCAGGAGCUUGAAUUGCGGUAGCAGCUGCGGUCGAAGCAAAUCCGUGAAGCUUUAAAUGUUUUUAAGUAGUUCUGCAUGAUAUUUGAAAUGCUAUCAUAUAGCAAAAAUGAUUUUAAUUUAUGGAAUGGAUUAUAAAUUCCCAUAGAUGCUAUUAUGAUGAUCUGCGAAUCCUCCGUAGACUGCGUGAUUGGCGACUUGUAGCCAUGGACCGAGCUGAGUGGAGACGACUUUUAUGUACUGCAAAGGCAACUCCGGCUUUAGUCUGAGACAUUUAAUAAAUGAA